UUUACUACAGCACAGGGCACAGCUGCAGUCAUCUUUUCGUUUUUUCCCCUCCUCCAGCUGACCAGGUGGACUGUUGUGCUUAUUUGCAUCUUUACGGAUUAUUGGGCGUCUCUCAGCUGUGCAACAAGGGCUGUCCUCGCACAUCCGUGUUGGGGUGGGGGGAGAAGGCGUGGUGGGUCCCCAAUUUUAAGAACCCCGAACCAGCGUGUUGUCCUGUAGCACUUCUGAAGAGAGAGGUAGUGCUGAGGGGGAGGCAUGCUGGGGUUGUUUUAGCAGAAGAGGGCUGAAGCAGCGCCUGUUGAGGGGAAGAAUCGUGAUGCCGGCUCCUCGUGCUCUGGUUGUGCUGCUCCUCUGUAGGCUGCGUGUCGCCCAGGCACAGCCCCUCGUCUCCUCGACAUGAGCGGUGUAGGAAGGGUGUCCUGCUCCAUGCUCAACUGCUUUGGUGAAGAGGGGCCUCCCAGUCUGGAGUACAUCAAGGCCAAGGAUUUAUUCCCCCAAAAGGAACUGGUGAAGGAGGAUACAAGUCUUCAGAUACCCUUCCCAGUUCUACAGGGGGAAGGGGUGGAAUAUCUUGGCCAUGCAGUUGAGGCUGUCAUUGCUAUUUCUAACUACAGACUCCACAUCAAGUUCAAGGAAUCUGUCAUCAAUGUUCCUCUUAGGCUGAUAGAGAGCGUGGAGAGCAGGGAUAUGUUUCAGCUGUAUAUCAUCUGCAAAGACUCCAAAAUUGUCAGAUGCCACUUUACAACCUUCAAGCUGUGUCAGGAGUGGGUGAAGCGUCUCACGAGGGCCUUGGCUCAUCCAUCCCGCCUUGAGGACCUCUUCGCCCUGGCCUAUCACGCGUGGUGUCUGGGAGGCAGUGCUGAUGACGAAGACCAGCAUGUUCAUCUUUGUCGUCCAGGUGAUCACGUGCGGCAGAGAAUGGAGGUGGAGGUCAAAAGAAUGGGAUUUGACACGCAGAACAUCUGGAGAGUGUCAGACAUAAAUAGCAACUAUAAGCUGUGCUCCAGUUACCCCCAGAAGCUUCUCGUUCCCAUAUGGAUAACUGACAAAGAGCUGGACAGUGUGGCCUCCUUUCGAUCUUGGAAGAGGAUUCCUGUUGUGGUCUAUAGGCACCAGAAGAAUGGUGCUGUGAUUGCUCGCUGCAGCCAGCCUGAGAUCAGCUGGUGGGGCUGGAGGAACACAGAUGAUGAGUACUUGGUGACAUCUAUUGCCAAAGCUUGUCAAAUGGACACCGGAAGCAAGGGUUCCUGUGAAGCACCAACCUGCCAACAACGCGAGGAAGCUCCUGACUCAUCAGACAGUGAUUUUGAUUCCUCAUUGACGGGAAACUCGGGCUGUGACGACAAUACUGUGCCACAGAAGCUGCUCAUUUUGGACGCUCGCUCUUAUACUGCUGCAGUGGCCAAUCGUGCAAAGGGCGGAGGCUGCGAAUGUGAAGAGUACUACCCCAACUGUGAGGUGAUGUUUAUGGGAAUGGCCAACAUCCAUGCCAUCCGGAACAGCUUCCAGGCCCUAAGGACUGUCUGCAGUCAGAUACCCGAUCCUGGAAACUGGCUUUCAGCUCUCGAGAGCACUCGUUGGCUGCAGCACUUGUCUGUAAUGUUGAAGGCGGCAACUUUGGUGUGUUCCUCUGUGGAAAGAGAAGGCCGUCCUGUACUUGUGCACUGUUCAGACGGUUGGGACCGCACACCACAGAUCGUUGCUCUGGCCAAAAUCUUGUUGGAUCCCUACUACAGAACACUAGAGGGUUUCCAGGUGCUUGUAGAGACUGAGUGGUUGGACUACGGUCACAAAUUUGGGGACCGCUGUGGCCACCAGGAGAACGCUGAUGACGUCAGCGAGCAGUGUCCUGUCUUCCUGCAGUGGCUCGACUGUGUUCACCAGCUGCUCAAACAGUUCCCCUGCCUGUUUGAGUUCAACGAAGCCUUCCUUGUCAAGUUGGUGCAACAUACCUACUCGUGUUUGUACGGUACUUUCCUGUGUAACAACGCUCAGGAGAGGGAGGCAAAGAACAUUUACAAACGCACCUGCUCCGUGUGGUCCCUGCUUCGCACAGGAAACAAGAACUUUCAGAACUUCCUCUACAUCCUUAGUCAUGAUGUGGUGCUGCAACCUGUCUGCCAUACACGGGCGUUACAGCUGUGGACAGCGGUCUACCUCCCCACCUCUUCUCCUUGUACUGCUGUGGACGAUUCUAUGGAGCACUACUUGUCCCAGAGUGUCACAGAAGAUGAACUCACCUCCCGUUCCUUUGACAGACUUCCCAAGACCCGCUCCAUGGACAACCUACUUUCAGCAUUUGAGAAUGGGCUGCCCCUGACACGAACAUCCAGUGAUCCCAAUCUUAAUAAGCACUGCCAGGAGGGUCGCCCUACCCUGGAAGCAGUACCUGUACCGAAUAGCACAUGUGUAGACUGCUCUGACGAGGUCACACCUGACAGUGGCGACGGGGAACCUCGACAGCUGGGUCUGACGAAUCCCUCAGAUGGCGGUUGUGAGGACCACACAGAGGAACCGUGUCUCACCACUCAGCCGCUGCCCUCUCUGCCUCUUCCUCCAGUCCAGCACACUUCAGACAUCACACAUGCUCACACUCCUCUCUUUGCUCCAGUGCUACUACACACCACUACCCCUGCUUUUCCAACAACUCUGCUGGAGGCUGAAAGCCCCUAUAGUACUGUGGCGGUUACCCUCCCACCCACUCCUAAAUCCGAAAUGUGUUUACCGAUGACGGACGCCACACAACCAUCAGACACCCCAGUGUGCCCGUUACUUGAUGCCCACAAUGACAGCCAGGAAAAUUAUGAACCACAAUCUCCAGACCUCAUGACUCUGAAGCUUCUAAUGCCACUUCCUCCCCUGGAAGACUCAACUGAAACCCUUACAGAUCAAGGAGAACCUCUGCUUGCCCUCCCUUAUAACAGUCAUAAUCAGAAUAAAUUCAACAAUGAGGAGCAGCAAACGGCGGCGGUAGCAGUUGAGCCGCAUGAAGAAGACAUGACCACAGUUGUUGUCCAAGAAAAAGAUCAGACUUCAGCACUUGCAGAAUCUCCUAUAGACUACAUUCAGGGAGCAGCUCACCAUCUAAUCUCCCAGAGCCCGCUGCAAGACAUGUCCCUCUUUGGCUCCCAUUGGGAGGGCGUUCAGGGCUUGAUGAAGUCGUCCUGCAGCAGUGCCAGUCACUGCGCCAGCCGCUCUCUGCAGGUUAACACCUACCAGAGCCACCGACUUGCCCAUAAGCUGCUCCGCUCCCAAGGCUUCGCCAUCCCAAACAGCUCCCAGUGCUGCCGCAGGGAGGCACUUUGCCCCAGCAGCCCUCUGCAGCCUGCAUGGCCCUCCGCUACCAGAAGUGCGGGCUACACCAGCCUGACCAGCGCUGCUCAAAACAUCUGCUCACUGGCUGGCUACCAACUUCCAGCUGUGUCGCACCCCUCACCCUUUGCCUCCAGCUCCCCUCUGCCCCAAGCGCCAUCUUACCUCGACGAUGAUGGGCUGCCUGUGCCCAUGGACGCAGUUCAGCAAAGACUACGUCAGAUUGAAGCAGGCUACAAACAAGAGGUGGAGGUGCUGCGACAGCAAGUGCGACAGCUGCAGAUGAGACUGGAGAGCAAACAAUAUAGCACUCCUCCCUCAGAGCCAGACGUCGACUAUGAGGAUGACAUCACAUGUCUACGAGAGUCAGACAGCAGCCAUGAGGAAGACUCUCUGUCAACACACAGUGAAGACAGGUUGUCUGAGGGCAGCUGGGAUCGAGUGGAGAGCAAAGACACAGAGGUCACAAGGUGGGUGCCUGACCACAUGGCCUCUCAUUGUUUCAACUGUGACUGUGAGUUCUGGAUAGCCAAGAGGCGUCACCACUGCAGGAACUGCGGCAAUGUGUUCUGUAAAGACUGUUGUCAUCUGAAGCUGCCCAUCCCGGACCAGCAGCUGUACGACCCAGUGCUGGUGUGCAACAUCUGCCACGACCUGCUCCUCACGUCCCGCACCCGCGAGCUCCGCAGCCAGCAGUUCAAGAAGGCCAUAGCCACAGCCUCGAGUUGAGAGGAGCGACAUCCUGCAAGCUCGGCAGUUCACACGUCGUCACCCCGGCCUGCUGUGGAUUUUCGGCUGCGAGAGCGUGGGGGGGUGGGGUGCAAUGAGGAGGAGUCGAUCCCCUUUGGGAGGCUCGUUGUGGAAAUGGAGAGGCACAGUCUUUCAGCCUGUAGCAUGGCAGCGCCCCUAGUGGUCACCUCAAGUACCAGACACCUGCACUCCUGCGUAAAGACACCGUCACACUUGACAGGGACAAUCGAUCGGCGGUCAGCGACUCCAAGCCUUUACCUGAUUUACUGGAGGUUUUCAGCUAAGACAAAAAAAAAUGCUGCUAUUGUAUUUAAAAGUCUAAUUUUGUAUUCUUAUUUUUGUGCACUUCUACGUUGUUGUCUAACGGAGGCAAUCCUGAGACCAAAAGGGAGAAAUCUGCUGUCGCCAUGUUAUCUUUCGAAUGUAACCGGACUGAGUUUGUGCAGGUUUUGUGUCCAUUGCACAGUCAAUGUGGGCGUGUCCUCUUCAAUGCCACAUUUCAGUGUUUGAAAGAUGUUGACGGACACGGCACGUUUCUGUUUUGGACGCACUGACGGUAUUCUGGGAAGGGACAGAAUUUUCCAACAGCACUUCAAAAAAGCUUGAUUGUUCUGAUUGGCGUUGAGGAAAAACACUGAACUAAUGCUUAGCUAUUUGUUUUUCUCAAGAGGGGAAGUCAGCCACAGCUCCCCCAUUUGUGAAAAUAUAUAUACAUAUUUCUUUGUGUCUACUGGUUGUGCAAAUGUGCCAUAUUUUUGGUCUUCUGUCAAUGUUUUGUUUCUUUCCAAUAGCAGGCAGCAGGUUACUGAUUGGCUCCUCCUGUGUGUUUAUGGUACAGAUAUUAAGCUGCUAAAGAUGACCAUAUUGUUCUAAUCACUUACCGGAUGAUCACGUGUCACUAAAUUAGUCGACCUAAUCAUUUACAACCUGAGAAACUCUGAAGUAUAACAUGUAAAUUGAUAUCUGAAUCAUUGGUGGUGGCUAAAUUGUUGUUAAAUUCAUAAAUAACUUGUAAAGAAAUGCACUGUAAAAGUUAAUUCACAGUGACUAAGAUAAAAGAUUAUGAUGCAUCUGUUUUCUAUUUG